AUGCGUACGAUCCCCCAUCUCCCGCACAAUCGCGAUGCAGAGCCCGCGCCCGCAAGCGUCAUGUACUGGAGCAGGGCCCCCGUCUGGGGGACACUGCCAACGCACGGCAUGCGCGCGCACAGCGUCACCCUCGUCGACCACACCGCAUGGGUCUUCGGCGGGUGCGACGACGUAGACUGCUUCAAGGACGUCUGGUGCUUCCACACUGAGACAAUGCAGUGGACGCGCCCCGAGAUGCAAGGCGAGAUCCCGCCACCGUGCCGCGCGCACACCGCGACGCUCGUCGACCGCAAGCUCGUCGUCUUCGGCGGUGGCCAGAGCUCGACCUACUACUCCGACAUCUGGGUGCUCGACACGCAGAUGCGGCGAUGGACCCGGCCAAGCUUCGACGUGGAGGUCGCGCCUGCUCCUCGCCGCGCGCACACGACCGUCAUGUACAAGGGCAAGCUCUGGAUCUUUGGCGGCGGCAAUGGCGAGUUUGCGCUCAACGACCUCUGGACGCUCGACGUCACCGCGAACCUCGAGCGUCUUAAGUGGCAACAGAUCGAAGCCGGCCGUGUAAAGCCCAAGCCCCGCGGGUACCACACCGCGACGCUUGUGGGAAAUAUGAUGAUCGUCAUAGGUGGGAGCGAUGGACACGACUGUUUUUAUGACAUAUGGUGCUUGAAUCUCGAUACGUGCCGGUGGAAAGAACUCAAGACAGAUACCCAACACCGCAGGCUCUCUCACUCAGUGACACAGGUUGGCUCCUAUCUGUUCGUUGUCGGCGGUCAUGACAGCCAUGAUUAUACGUCUGAGCUACUUCUCUUCAACCUCGUGACUUUGCAAUAUGAGCCGCGACGCACGCUCGGGCGCCCCUUCCAGCCGCGCGGGUACCAUGUCUCGCUCCUUGCCGACUCGCGCCUGUUCAUAUUCGGCGGGCACGAUGGACGCACCGUCUUUGACGACGUGCACAUCCUCGACCUCGCGGCCGCUGCGUACCUCCCACAAGUGACAAGCUUCCAGAUCGAGACGUAG